AGGUAUCAACCUUGUCAUAAGUUAGAUACAUUAGAGAUGCACUUUUGUUUGGUAAUUACAUAAGUGUUGCAAUGAAAUAAAUGUUGUUGUUUUUUUUACCCCCAGGCAAUCCAGCAGCUUUGUACGACAGGGCUAACCCAGACUGGGCACCAACCCUGAAGCUUUCAGCCAAAUUGACACCAAAGAAGUCGGAGAAAAAGAAACAACAAUCAACCUACUCAGUUAAUAGAUACAACAGAGUUAUGGAAAGGCAGAAAAGCAAAGAGAAGAUAACUGCAGCCAAGGCCUUGAUAGAUCUCUUUCAUGAACCAGGACCAUCGGUUGAUGUAGAGGACAGAGACCUUCCCGAUGUUGAACCAAGCCCGGUGUGUGAGUUUGCACUGAAGGGCGCACUGGAGACUUCAAGUGAGACAACAGAUGUAUGUGUGGACCCAUUGAGAAACAGUCAGGUGGACAGUGAAAUUCAAAGGCUACUGACUGAAAACAUGGCUCUAAGAGAUCAAGUGAAGGACAACAUGUAUAGUGAAGAUGGUUUCGUAGGUCAGAAUGACAAAGUUAAAUAUUAUACUGGACUCCCAGGUUUUACCACUCUAAUGGCGCUAUUUCAUUUUGUGAAGGAUUUUAUUCCCAAACCUAGGAGCAAUGCGGAACUUGGACAAUUCACAAGAUUGGUAAUGACUCUAAUGCGAGUAAAGCUGAACUUACCCAUUCAAGAUUUAGCAUACAGGUUCAAAACUUCACCAUCAACUGUUUCAAGAACUUUUUUAACAGUGAUACAUGUGUUGUAUGUGAGACUGAAACAUAUGCUCUACUGGCCAGAGAGGGAAGAACUCAGAAAAACCAUGCCUGUGGAAUUCCAAAAACAUUUUGGUCAAAAGACUGCUGUUAUUAUAGAUUGUUUUGAGGUUUUCAUUCAACGGCCAAAGAAUCUAAUGGCAAGAGCACAGACCUGGUCCUCCUACAAACAUAACAACACUGUCAAAUUUCUGAUUGGUAUAACACCACAAGGAUCAAUUUCUUUCCUCUCAAAAGCUUGGGGUGGAAGAGCAAGUGAUAAAUAUAUAACUGAAAACUGUGGACUUCUGACAAAGCUUUUACCUGGAGAUCUUGUGUUGGCGGACAGGGGUUUUGAUAUUGCCGAUAGUGUUGGCAUGUGUUGUGCACAAGUCAACAUACCAAGUUUCACUAGAGGAAAGUCACAAUUAUCACCUAUUGAUGUUGAGACAACAAGACAAAUUGCCCGUGUGAGAAUACACGUAGAAAGAGUUAUCGGCCUUGUACGCAACAAGUACACAAUGUUACAGGACAAACUACCCAUAGACUUUCUAAUGUGUGAUGAGGGUGUUCCAACAGUUGACAAAAUUGCGACAGUUGCUUGUGCAUUGACAAAUAUGUGCGAAUCUGUGGUGCCUUUUAAUUGAUUUCAAGGUUAACCAGUGUGUAAUUGACAAAGUUACAGGUGUCCUGAUCAUAUCAAUUUAUUAAGUGCUGAUCAUCAGGAUGCAGGAACUGUUCAUGCAUGUAUACAGCAUACUUGUUUGCUAUGUUCAUUAUUAUCUUGUGUAUUGCCAUGUUAUGUUUAAUUUUCAAAAUGUAUCAAACAAAUGUAAAUUAUUAGUGUUUAUUUGAGUUUUAUAAAGGGUUUUAUCUUGAUCCAUUCGUUUGUAUGCAUGUGAUGGACACAAUGUAUAUAAAA